GCUGGCAUCGAGGGGGCCCCGUCAACUUCGAGUUCGCGGCGGGCAGCGGUGCUUCUACGGGAAGCGCCCGGAGCGCGGCCAUCACAGUUGAAUUCUCGUUCAUCAAGGCGGCCAGGGCCAGGGCGAUCAAGGGCGGCAUCUGCGAGGCGAUCUUCAUGAGGCAGUCGGGGAGGUUCAACAGCCAGGCGAAAGGCAGGGCCGAGAGGGCCACGCGGACGGCGAGGAAGCAGGCGAGGACGCUGAUGCUGCAGGUCAGUAAGAAACUGGGCCACAAACUCGAGCCCGAGCCAUCGUGCCCCACGCGGCUGCCGGGACACGCGGCGUGGCUCUACAACCGUUGCGCGGCCGGGGCGGACGCCGACCUCGCGCCCUACGAGAAGACCCGCGUGCUCAAGCGCCAGGAGCCGAUCAUGACAGUCGGCGAGGCGGUGAUUUGCAGGCGGCCAGGAGCGCGGUUCAAAAGGUUGGAGCUCUCGUGGCUGGAGGGCAUCUGCUUGGGGCGCGACGGGAGGGCGGGCGAGCGCCCGAUCGGAACGCUGGCGCGAGCGCGCAGGUCAAGGGCGGUGAAGAGGAAGGUGGAGAGCCGACGCUGGGGAGUGGAGCUGCUCGACGAGAUGAAGUGGACACCCCGGGGGCCGACGCCGAUGCCGAGAGGACUCCCAAACGAGAGCGUGAAGGAGGCGAAAGGGGGCGAAGGCAAGAAGUCCAGGGCCGCCGCCAUCAACGCGGUCAAUGUGGUCAGGGAGAUGUGCGAGGAGCCAGUGGUGGGGGACGAGGAGACGCACACGCUGGCGGGCGAUUUCACGAAGGCCAGGCCAGGGCACGUGGAGAAGAUCGCAGGCGAUGGGAAGCAGAUCGUGAUGGUGAUCCCGAUUAUCGAGACGACGUCCAAGGUCCUGACUGGGAAGUGGAUCGGCGCCGACCAGGCGGGCGGCAGCAAGAAGAGUCGAUGGGCCACGAGGGGCCUCGAGCAGCAGGUGCACGGGCACGGGGACUUCGCGGCCGCGACCCCCUCACUUCUACGCCUGAAGGCGAUGCUGGUCAACGCGGAGAUGCGCGACCACGCGGACCGCAUCUUCCUGGAGCCGCCACCAGAAGCUGGUCGCGGCGACGGAUGUCUCUUCAUGAAGCUGAGGAACAAGGCGAGGGCAGGAGGGCGCGCUGACGACUUCCCGAUCACGGGGCCGAGCGACGAUGUCGACAUACUGUUGAAGGUGAUGGGCGACAUGCUGAAGCUGGCAGACGCGGCGAAGCUCGCCAAGAACGGGCGCCAGGCGACUUUCCUGGGCGCGCAGGUGGAGAAGGUCGAGGGCGGCUGCGCGAUCAACGGCAAGACGUCCUUGAUAGACGACAUCCUGAAGGAGCUGGCCCUGGAGAACGCGCGGCCGUCAGUCUUGCCCGAUACCUGGAACGAGGUGGCGAUGAAGAACGACGAGGUGAAACAGGACGCGGCCGGUCAUGGCCGCCGCAG